UUGCCUGAAAUUUGGAGGCGGGUGCUCUGGCCCUGUGGGUUUGGAGCAGUUUGGAGGUUGUAGGUCGUUGUAAAAAUGACUGAAACUUUAAAAGUUAGAGGAGUGCUUAUUGGACACAAUGGGUGGGUUACGCAAAUUGCGACAAACCCAAAAUACCCUGAUAUGAUUUUGUCUUCUUCCAGAGACAAGACCCUCAUCGUUUGGAAACUCACUAGGGACGAAACCGGCUACGGUGUCCCACAAAAGCGUCUGUAUGGUCACUCCCACUUCAUCUCGGACGUGGUGCUGUCCAGCGACGGCAACUACGCCCUGUCCGGCUCGUGGGACAAGACCCUGCGACUCUGGGAUCUCGCCGCGGGCAAGACCACUAGGCGUUUCGAAGACCAUACUAAGGAUGUACUGUCUGUGGCAUUCUCCGUGGACAACCGUCAGAUUGUGUCUGGCUCCCGGGACAAGACCAUCAAGCUGUGGAACACUCUUGCAGAGUGCAAGUACACCAUUCAGGAUGAUGGCCAUUCUGACUGGGUGUCCUGCGUGCGCUUCUCGCCAAACCAGGCUAACCCCAUCAUCGUCUCUGCUGGCUGGGACCGUGCUGUCAAGGUAUGGCACUUGACCAACUGCAAGCUAAAGACCAACCACCUGGGUCAUUCUGGCUACCUUAACACGGUGACGGUCUCCCCUGAUGGCUCCUUGUGCGCGUCCGGUGGCAAGGACAUGAAGGCCAUGCUCUGGGACCUGAACGAUGGCAAGCACCUCCAUACCCUCGACCACAACGACAUCAUCACCGCUCUCUGCUUCUCGCCCAACAGAUAUUGGCUCUGCGCUGCAUUCGGACCUAACAUCAGAAUUUGGGAUCUUGAAAGCAAGGAAAUGGUUGAGGAACUCAAGCCCGAAAUCAUCACAAAACAGAACCAAUCAGAGAAUCCCGAGCCGCCUAACUGUCUGUCCCUGGCCUGGUCUACGGACGGACAGACGCUGUUCGCUGGUUACUCCGACAACAUAAUCCGAGUCUGGCAGGUCUCAGUGUCAGCCCGAUAAAACAGUAAUUUAUUUAUUUCCUUUUGUACACAUAAUAUGCAUUUAAAUAAAUAAGUUACAAAAA